AUGGCGCCCAUGACCCAGGUCCUCUUGGGGCUCUUGACGCUGCACACUGUCUUUGCGAGCCCGCAGUAUGCUACCCCGCCGGUGCUCGAGCCGGGCCACUUGGGUGCCGUCGCGUCUGAGAGCGACAUUUGCAGUCACAUUGGCACUGAGCUGCUGAAGAAGGGUGGGAAUGCAGCAGAUGCUAUGGUCGGCACCGUAGCUUGUGUCGGUGUCAUUGGCAUGUACCAUUCAGGCAUUGGCGGCGGUGGCUUCAUGAUCGUCCGCUCGCCCAAUGGCACCUACGAAUUCAUCGACUUUAGAGAGACAGCCCCGGGGAGUGCAUUCGAGGACAUGUACAAGGACAAUGAAGAGGCCAGUCUGACCGGCGGUCUUGCAUCAGGCGUGCCUGGUGAACUUCGCGGACUCCAACAUCUUCACAACAAGUACGGCUCCUUGCCAUGGUCCACUGUAUUGCUUCCAGCUGUCAAGGUAGCCCGCGAAGGCUGGACCGUGAACCAAGAUCUCGUGAACUAUAUAAACUCCGCCAUCGGCUCGACAGGCAACGCCACGUCCAAUUUCCUCGUCAAUGAUCCUGAAUUUGCCUUUGAUUUCGCGCCUCGGGGACGGCUGGUACAGCUCAACGAGACCAUAACGAGAAAGAGAUAUGCGGACACGCUGGAGACAAUCGCCUACGAAGGCGCAGAUGCUUUCUACACCGGCCCCAUCGCUGAAAGUACCAUCCGCGCCCUCCAAGCCCGCAAUGGAACUAUGACGCUCGAGGAUCUCAAGAACUACACCGUCGCUAUCAGGAAGCCCUCGACAAUCACCUACCGCGACUACAAGCUCACUGCGUGCAGCGCCCCUUCGGGUGGCGAAGUCACACUCGCUAUCCUCAAAAUACUCGAAGGAUACGACGGUUUAGGUGACCCAUCCGCCAUCAAUCUCACCACGCACCGCAUUGACGAAGCAAUGAAAUUCGCCUACGGCAUGCGCUCAGAGCUCGGUGACCCUUCGUACCUCUCUGGCAUCGACGCCUAUCAGGAAGCCAUGGUUUCAGCUGCCACGGCAGCCGAAAUUCGUUCCAAGAUUAGCGACACUCAGACCUUCAACACGUCCUAUUACGACCCGAAGGGCCUCGAAUCGCUCGAAACGCCCGGUACAUCACACGUCGUGACCGCAGACUCCUCGGGGCUCUCUAUCAGCCUCACUACGACCAUCAACACGCUCUUUGGCGCCAAGCUCGUUGUACCCGAGACGGGCGUCCUACUCAACAACGAGAUGAACGACUUUAGCAUUCCCAACGUCACAAAUGCUUUCGGGUACAUCCCUUCCCCUGCGAACUUUGUACGCCCCGGCAAACGGCCCCUGUCCUCUAUCGCCCCUGUCAUCGUCGAGCACCUCAAUGCUACCUCCCUCGCGUCCGCUCUUUACGUAGCUAUUGGAUCUGCAGGCGGCUCCCGCAUCAUCACCGCAACGGCGCAGAACCUUUUGCACAUUCUCGACGGGGGGCUCUCCGUCGCAGAAACCCUCGCCCAACCGCGCAUACACGACCAACUUGUCCCCGCACAGGUCAGUUUCGAGUAUGCUUUCAGCAAUGAAACGACGGCGUUUUUGAGAGAGUUGGGUGCGAAUGUCACGUGGGUGGCGCCGGGACAGAGCACGGCGCAGGGGCUGAGGAGGUUGGCGAAUGGGACCUUCGAGGCGGUGGGGGAACCACGACAGAAGAACUCCGCCGGUGUAGCGGUAUGA